CUUCUUCUCUUCACAUCGAUAUAUACAUACAGAUACAUAUAUACAUAUUUCAUCGUGUCGGUGCAACCAAAGAUCGAACCAUGGAUGAAGAACUUGUGGAAUUACAGAGACAAUUCGAGUUCGCUCAACAAGCCAAGUCGAGCAUUCGAUUAUCCGAACGCAACGUAGUCGAAUUGGUCCAGAAACUCCAACAACUCCAAAUCAUCGAUUUCGAUCUCCUCCACACUGUCUCCGGCAAAGAAUACAUCACUCCUGAACAAUUGAGGCUUGAAAUCGUUGCUGAGAUCAAGAAAUUAGGGCGUGUUUCGGUGAUUGAUCUCGCUGACACAAUUGGUGUAGAUUUAUACUAUGUAGAGAAGCAAUCUCAACAUAUAGUAUCCAAUGAUUCAUCGCUCAUGCUAAUCAACGGUGAAAUCAUUUCAAACUCUUAUUGGGACACCGUAGCUGAAGAAAUUAACGAGCGCCUUCAAGAAUGCAGUCAAAUUGCGUUGGCUGAACUUGCAGCACAAUUACAAGUCGGUUCUGAGUUAAUUGCAAACGUGUUAGAGCCGCGACUCGGGACAUUGGUAAAAGGUAGACUUGAAGGUGGGCAAUUGUAUACUCCCGCUUAUGUUGCACGUGUUAAUGCAAUGGUUCGCGGUGCUGCAAGGGGUAUUACUGUUCCGAUGAAUUUGUCAGCGUUGUGGAGCUCGUUGCAGCUGUUAUUGCAUGAAAUGGAUGGAGCCAGUGGUGUGGCUGUUGAGAGUUCGUUUUUCCAAACAUUGUUCAAUGGAUUGGUGAAGGAUGGUGAGAUUCUUGGAUCACUUCGUGCAGGAGUUCAUUGGACACCCACAGUUUUUGCAAUUGCUCAAAAGGAAUCUGUAGAUUCUUUCUUUUCGCAGAAUUCCUUCAUCAGCUACGAUUUACUGCAUAAACUUGGAAUUCCCCAGCCCAUUCAGUACCUGCAGUCCAGAUAUCCUGAAGGUAUUCCUCUAGUUACCGUAUUUGUUCAUCCAUCAAUGAUUGAGAUGUUGGAUUCUGCUACAGAGGAUGCCAUAGAACGCGGUAGCUGGAUUGAUUCACUUCUAAUUUUACCUGCAUCCUUUGGAUCCCAAGAUGCAUCUAAGAUUUUGUCCCUUUGUCGAUCUGUUCAGGUGGCCCUUAAGUCUAAUAAAGCAAUUCUCUUAGGAGAGUCGUUUGUUGUCAGUGCAGGCUUUGUGAAGGAUUUGUUUGAUCGUAUGGACAAGGAGAUGGAAACCUUAAAUCUUUUUGGGCAUUCCAGUAGUGGGCUGCGUGAUGAUAUGCAUGCAACCAAAGAAGCUAAACCCAGAAAUGAAUUAAGCAGCAGCCUAACUGAGUCAAAUGAAACUGGUAAUGAGAUCGGAGCUAGUAAACAAGGUUUUGAGAAAGGAUCAAAAAAGAAAAAGGGGAAAUCAGCAGGGAAUGCUAAAACAGGGGCUGUUGAAACUAGUCCAGAUAACCAAGAGCCUAUCCCUGCAAAAUUGAAAAAGAACCAGAGGAAAGGCAAGGAUGCAUCUUCUUUGCAAAUGUUGGAUGCAAAGUCAGGUGCCAAGAAAGAAUCAGAUAAGAAGAAAGAGGAAAACCUUAGUCUCUCAGAAGAAUGGCUAAUUCAGAAGAUCAUGUUGCUGGUCCCUGAAUUUGAAGAGCAAGGCAUGGAUGAUCCUGAGACAAUUCUUAGACCUUUAGUGAAUCAUUUGAGACCAAUGUUGCACAAUUCAUGGAAGGAGAGAAGAAAGGUGGCAUUAACAGAAUAUGCUCAGAGAAUAAAGCAUUUACUUGAUAAUUUACAAAGAAAAAUUGAUGAGUCUUUCUUAAAUAUGCAGCUAUAUGAAAAGGCGCUAGAUUUGUUUGAAGAUGACCAAUCAACCUCAGUUAUUUUGCACAGACAUUUGUUAAGAACCACAGCUACCUCUAUGAUGGACACUCUCUUACUUAAUCUGGACAUGCUCAACAAGUUAAAGACUGGAAUUGAAGUUGAUGAAUCUCAAAAUUCAGAACCCGCAUCACUUAGUUCUGGAGAGAGAUUAACUCUUGCAAAGAGCCUUCCAGAACCUCUUUCAGUUAAGGCUGUUGCAGUAGUUGAAGCUUCAGAAGGGAAGCAAGUGGAAACAUUUAUGACUGCACUGAGAGACAUAGCUGAGGAAACUGGGUUAACUUUGAAAAAACUUGAUAAAAAAUUAGAAAGAACUCUUCUGCACUCAUAUCGCAAGGAUUUGACAUCUCAAGUUUCCGCCGAAACUGACCCAGUGUCACUUCUCGCAAAAGUUGUAUCCCUACUUUAUAUACAGGUUCACAAUAAAGCUCUUCAGGCCCCUGGGAGGGCCAUUUUCGUUGCUGUUUCCCGAUUGAAGGACAAAUUAGAUGAUUCAGCAUACAAGAUCUUAAUGGAUUACCAUAGUGCAACUGUGACCCUUUUAGCACUCAUGUCUGCUGCAACUGGUGAUGAUGAAGACUGUACAUCCGAUAGAAUUUUGAGUAAAAGGGAGCUCCUGGAAGGCUUAAUGCCAGCGCUGAAAGGCUUGGUCAUGAGCACUUCUCAAUCCUGAAUCAGCAUAGAUUUUGUACUACAUGAAGUUCAAAUUGACAACAGGAAGCAACUUUAGAUUAGUUAUGUAGUGGGCAUAAUACUAAUCAGCAAUGCUAUUUAUUCAAAUAUAUAUAUAUAUAUAUAUUAUUAAUAAAGAUAUUUAAAAUUUGUAAUGUGUGUCAGAUUUAUUUUGACCGUGACCCAUCACACCUAAGUUCAAACUUUUUGAGUAUUUUUUUGAUUUUUUUAAAUGUAGAGCGUUUCAGAUAGAGGUUUUCCUAUUUUCACUGAACAUAAGUGAGAUCUUCUAGUUCAUAAUCAUACACAGUUUGCACUUGCACUCUGCAA